UAAAUCACAAGAGAUAGACAUGUUGUCUCAACGUGACACUGCACGUCGUCGGCCCACUAGAGCUAGCUAGAAGGAACAGCUAGCAGGCGCCCAUAGAACGAGAUCAUCGAUGGAGAACCAGCAGCAGCUGCAAGGAGACGACGAGUCGCCGUCGCACACGUUCCCCAGCUUCCCCUACUUCACCGUGCCGUCGCCGCAGCCGAGCUUAUUACCGCCACCAUCGGAAUCGGAUGACCAGCGCAAUACCCUCGCCACAGCGCUUCAGCAGCAACCGUCAUCGGCGUGCAAUAAUAACGACCUGCAGCUGCUUCCUCUCCAGCUGGGGGCGGCUACGGUGGACUGGUCGGCGCUGCUUCAGCAGCAUGCCAGCUUGAUGGGUCCCCUCUUGCCGGGACUACUACUGCAGCAACCGCCGGCGCCCCUGGACGACCAGAGCGCGGAGAACGCAGGGAGUAGCAGCAGCAAGGAGAAGGGCGGCGCGGCGGCGGGGAGGAAGAAGAAGGCGAGCAGGCCGCGGUUCGCAUUCCAGACGAGGAGCGUAAACGACAUCCUGGACGACGGCUACCGGUGGAGGAAGUACGGGCAGAAGGCCGUCAAGAACAGCGAACACCCCAGGAGCUACUAUCGGUGCACCCACCACACGUGCAAUGUGAAGAAGCAGGUGCAGCGGCUGGCCAAGGAUACGAGCAUCGUGGUCACUACUUACGAGGGCGUCCAUAACCACCCCUGCGAGAAGCUCAUGGAAGCGCUCAGCCCCAUCCUCAAGCAGCUCCAGUUUCUCUCGCAGUUCUAAUUCUAACCCGAAGCUAGCUUAAUUUGGUCAUUAUUAUGUACAAUUAAUAUAUACAUACACAGGCACGGCCAUCGUACUAAGAGGUCAAACAGACAACAUAAUAAUAAUAUACAUAUACUCCUAAUGCACAACACUACAAGUGUGAUAUGUGUAAUGUAGCUAGUAGUAUUAUUACACAAGAGAUCAGUACAAAUAGUAACCUACUUGAAGGGAAGAAAGGGAGAAAAAUUGUGCCUGCCUCCCCGACUGCUGAUGUCGCAUGCAUAUAUAUGCCGCACACUUGUAAUAUAUAAAGGUUUAUAAUAGGGUAUAUAAAGGGGAGUUUGGUUUCAGGAA